AUGGAGCAUCGCCUGUCUUGUCAUGCUUAUGGAAGCUAUCCAGGAAAAACAGACGCAGAAAAGAAUAUAAUUGGUCAUGAACUUACAUUUAACGAUGAAGAUGACCAUGUUAUCGAUAUUUCAUGCUCUGAUUCAACAAUAAUUUUAAUUCAUCAAAGCGGUAAAUCUCAAGCAUUUGGCGAUAAUUCAAAAGGCCAACUAGGUAUUGGCUCAUUUGAAUCAACAGAAUUGUAUACUGAAAUAAAAUCAGAUCAAAAAUUUAUUACUUCAAAGUGUUCUAACUAUUUCACUUUCUGGAUUAACGACAAAUCGCAAAUAUACAUGGCUGGUGGUAAAAAUAAAUUAAAUCAACCUACAUUAAUUCAAGGAAUAGAGUCGAAAUCGAUAAAUGUAUAUGAAAAAUCUGUAUUAGUGCAAGUAAAUGAUAAAAAACUUAUUUAUUGGCCUGAUUUUGAUGAAUACGAGCAAAAAUACGAGCAUGAAUUUGAAGAUAAUAUUUUAGAAUUUUCAUGUGGAAACAAUUUUGCAAUUUCACUUCUUGAAAACAAUAGUUUAUUCAAAAUAGAGAAGGAUCAGAUUACUCCUGUUGUAAUUCCACGAAUUGCUCUCGAUGGCGGCAACAGAUUUUUAUCCGCGUCUUGUUCUCGCGAUUACAUUGCUGUUGUUGACCUGAAUGGAGGCGUUUGGGUAAUCGGAAAAAUGCAUACAUAUGAUGGUCAAGAUGCAAUUAUUCCUAUAAUGGAUGAAGCAGAAAAGAUUGUUGCAUUUCCAAGGCAUUGUGUUAUCUUUGAUGGUCUUGGUCUUUGUUUCAGCUUCGGAGCUAACGAAGAAGGACAACUUGGGAAUGGUUCUCAAGAAGACUGCGCUUCUCCAUUUCCUAUGGAGCAAAGUGAUGCUGCAUUCGCUGCUAUUGGUGGUGAUAAGUUCACUAUCCUUGUUCCAUUCAGUUAUGAUGAAGUUCAUAUGAUGUAUCAUGAAGAUGAUAUAAUUCCAGGCUCUCUAGCUAAGACCAUUCAAAAUUCUUCAAAUUUCAUACCUCAGUAG